CUCUUCAAAAUGGAUAGUUAACGUUUCGUCAUUGAGUGUUUUAGGCUUCCCAUUUUUCGAACUUUUAAUUAGAGACGAUGAGAAGCACCGGUUAUUCAUUUUAGUUGAUUCUGAGGUAACAACCAAAGAGCCGAUUAAUCGAUUUUUAACUCUUCCAUAGUUUCUUCAUGGCAGAAGCUCCGCGGGGCCAUGUUACUAUCACUCUCGGACGUAGUGGCCAGGUUGUGAAGAGGUCAGGAUCUACAUCAGAUGUUGAUCUUUUGGAUUCUCAUCAUGUUGCUGGAACUAAGCGUUCUGUAAGGGAUAGGUUGGGAGGCAACGUAGAUAGUUCCUUAUUGAGUCGGCUAAACAACAAACGACAAAGAGGUGACGGUCAUACAACAAGUUUCAAUGCUACAGAUGACCUCCGGUUUAAACUCAUGCAAAAAAAUGUGUUUAGACGGACUCAGAGGGACAAUAACCCAAAGGGCAUGUACCUUCGUCAAAAGUUGUCAAGAAUGGGACAGCCUCCACCUAACAGUUAUGAGAUGCGUCAGGAAAUUCCUGAUUUAAGGGAGCAAAUACCUGAACCUAGAGAUCGAGUGCCUGAAUCAAGGGAUACCAGCAUCUUGGGCAAAAUUCCUUCUACAAGAAGUGUGGAUGAUUUUCCUCAUGUGACCACAUCAAGGUCUUAUUCUCCUUGGACUUUAGAACAUUUAAGACGAAAAUCUCCUGAAAGAAUAAUGGGUGCUUCUAGGGGUUUAUCUCCCUCAAGAAAUGUUGAGCUACAGAGAAGGCCAGUUAACAGGACACCUGAUUAUGUGAGGACUGGUCCAUACACAGGCAAUUAUGUUCUUGAUGCUUCAAGGCCUGUGAGUAAAGCAUCUUUUGUUACGAAAUCCACAUUGCCUGCCACUUCCGCUAAGCCUAAGCCACCAGGGCCCCCAAUUCCAAGUACAAUUCCUCCAAGCAAUAUUGUUCAAAAAGUUGUCGAUGAACGACAAACUGUUGAAGGCUUUCUAUAUUCCCUGGGACUAGGGAAAUAUGCUAUUUAUUUCAAGGCCGAGGAAGUGGACAUGCCUGCAUUGAAACAGAUGAGGGAAAACGACCUUAAAGAACUGGGAAUACCUAUGGGACCUAGGAAAAAGAUUCUUCUUGCUCUCUUGCCUCGUUCCAAAAGGUAACAACAACCGUGAUCAUUAUUAUCAGUUUUUGAUUGCGUUCAUGAAUCUUAAACCAGUGUAUCUCUGCUUUGGGGUUGGAAAGAAAAUGACCGAUCAGUUCAGAUGACAAAGUUUCGAAUCUCGAAUA